AUGGAUUCAGGUAUGGAGAUAAGGUAUAAUGUCGGGUGUGUCCUUGCAACUGGGAAAGAGAUUAAAGGAGAGGAACAAAAGACAAUGAGAAGGAUAAAAAUUUGCCAGUAUUCAUGUUAUGGGCUUAGAAGAUGUGGGAAAAGUUGCAGGCUGAGAUGGGCUAAUUACUUGAGGCCUGAUAUUGAGAGAGGCAAAUUCACCUUACAAGAAGAUGAGACAAUUAUUCAGCUUCAUGCCCUUCUUGGUAACAGGUGGUCAACUAUAGCGACCCACUUGCCGAAAAGAACCGAUAACCAGAUAAAGAACUACUGGAACACCCACCUGAAGAAGAGGCUGAUCAAGAUAGGUAUCGACCCAGUUACCCACAAGCCCAAUGGCCAGGCCCAAUCCAAGGACUCCCACAUUAUCCGCCACAUGGCCCAAUGGGAGACCGUCCGGCUCGAAGCUGAAGCCCGGUCCAAACUCGACCUCUUUAGCCCACCAAACUCCCUAACCGCCACUAGUAUUGCCAACCCAUCUUAUUCGUCUGAGUGCCAGCUGGACGUGCUCAUGGAGUGGGCUUGGGCCGACCCUGGAAAAGACGUUUACGCCCCUAAUCUCGACGGCCCAUUUCGUAACGAGAAUGAUCACGUCUAUAUGGGCCGGGAUGAGGUGAAGGGCAUUUUCGGGAAUUUGGUCCCUGAAAAUCACUUUUGGUCUUCAAGUGUUGUUGAUGUUAUUAGAGAGUGUUGGGAAGUAGCUGAGGAUAAUAACCAGAUCAAUUACUGGGAAAAUCAAGUUGUGAUGUGA